GACAAAAUCGGGUCCAUAUUAAACCGUGAGCAGCAAUGUCGGAGUUCCUUGUGAAUCUGUUAGGAGAGCGGCUUGUCAACGGCGAGAAAGCCGAGGUGGAUGUUCAAGCGCUGGGCAGUAAGCUGUCCUUAGUCGGGCUGUACUUCGGCUGCAGUUUGAACGGCCCCUGUAAACAGUUCAAUGCUAGUCUUUGCGAGUUUUACAGCAAGUUCAAAAAAUCCUCUGAACACAAAGACAAAUUGGAAAUCGUCUUUGUUUCAUCUGAUCAGGACCAGAAACACUGGCAGGACUUCUUGCAGGAGAUGCCAUGGCCGGCGUUGCCUUUCAAAGAUAGACACAAAAAGAUGAAACUAUGGAACAAGUACAAGGUGACCAGUAUUCCCUCGCUGGUUUUUGUGGAUGCGGCCACAGGAAAGGUGGUAUGUCGGAAUGGUCUGCUGGUGGUCCGGGACGACCCGAACGGUCUGGAGUUCCCCUGGGGCCCCAAGCCCUUUGCGGAGGUUGUGGCCGGACCCCUGCUCCGGAACAACAGGCAGACGACAGACAGCAGCGCCCUGGAGGGCUCUUACGUGGGAGUGUACUUCUCUGCACACUGGUGCCCUCCAUGUCGCAGUCUAACCCGGGUGCUUGUGGAAUCGUAUCGCACUAUUAAAGAGUCUGGACAGAAGUUUGAGAUUGUGUUUGUCAGUGCUGACAGGUCAGAAGAUUCCUUUACGCAGUACUUCAGCGAGAUGCCCUGGUUGGCGGUCCCAUACACAGAUGAAGCCAGAAGAUCGCGACUCAACAGACUUUACGGGAUACAAGGUAUCCCCACACUGAUCCUGCUGGACACAGAGGGUCACAUGAUCACGAGGCAAGGCCGGGUGGAGGUGCUGAAUGACCCAGAGUGUCGGCUCUUCCCCUGGCACCCGCGACCCGUCCUGGAGCUCAGCGAGUCCAACGCUGUGCAGCUGCAUGAGGGCCCCUGUCUGGUGCUGUUUGUGGACGCAGAGGAAGAGGGAGAGUUGGAACCGGCGAAGGAGCUAAUCCAGCCAAUCGCUGAAAAGAUCAUGGCCAAGUUCAAGGCCAAGGAGGAGGAGUCACCAUUGCUGUUCUUCGUGGCUGGAGAGGACGACAUGAGCGACUCCCUGCGUGAUUACACUAACCUUCCCGAGGCAGCGCCACUGCUCACCAUUUUAGACAUGUCCGCCCGGGCCAAAUACGUGCGUGACGUGGAAGAGAUCACGCCAGCCGUGGUGGAGCAGUUCGUGGGCGACUUUUUGGCCGAGAAACUCAAACCAGAACCUAUUUAGAACGAAGAGGAGCCCCUGAACAAUGAAAA